AUGGCCCAUGUACUGUCGCAGAGCCAUGUGGACCUCCAGAUUACAGUCCUAAAGGAACGUCGCGAGGCGUUGGCAAAGGAACUGGCUGCUUUAGAUGCCAACAUUUGCUCUCUGUCAACGCAAAGAAACGACCUCACCCCUAUCUCUCGUCUUCCCAACGAGAUGUUGCAGCGCAUUUUCGCCUUCGUCAGGGCCAGCACCAAACUCAAAAUGUACCGGCGGAUUAUACGGAUCACCCACGUCUGCCGUCGCUGGAGGCACGUCGCAGUGAGCCAGUCGGAACUUUGGUCAUACAUCACCGACAGACCGGCUCCACUCGUCCCCGUUCUCUUCGAAAGGGCUAAAUCCGUGCCCUUGACAGUUGACCUUUGCCGGGAACCCGUGUUUGACGAGGAUGAAGAGAGACUCCAGAAGACUCUAUCUCAGAUGGAUACGGCUUGCAUCCUUAGAAUUCGAGGUUUGACAAGAACCCUGGAAUCCCGAGCUGACCGGCUCCCACCCACCGCACCCCUCCUCCACACGCUCCAUUUCGAAAAUUUCGAUGAACGCGAAGUUGACUUAUUCUUCACAGAGGGAGGAAGAGAAUUCAACUAUCCCAACCUCCGGAUGCUCAUAUUCAAAGGCUGUUAUGUCCCGUGCGAUUGGCAAGCGCUGAAGGAAUUAACGACCUUCCAUUCGACCCAAGGCAAAUACGUUGAUGGUGAUGGAUGGGAGUCAGAACAGCUCCUCGGAACACUCGAAACCAUGUCAAAGCUGAAGUAUUUGAAGCUCGAUGCGCUCGAUAGACGUUCCUCGUCGUCGACCCGCCGUGUGAUCGCCCUUCCCCACCUCAAGCGCCUGCAGCUUUCAGGUUCAAGUAGCCCAAUCCGCCAUUUCCUCGCUCACAUUGCUAUUCCCGAAAACGCAUAUGUACACAUAGCAACUUCCGAUUUUCGCCAUUCUGAUUCGCCGGGUGGUACUACGUCCGUGCUGCCUCAAAGGCUAAUGCAUAACUACGGGAGUUCUCCGCCAACAUCGACAUCAAUACACGGCCAAGCGUCAGUUUGCACCCAUGCAAUACCUCUUCACAGCCUCGAACUUUCUUCUUCGCAACAUUACUUUCACUCAGGCGAUGUGUUUUGUUACGCGUGGCCAGAGCCUGUUGAAUUUCCCGUUCCAGAGCACAAGAGAUGGCUAGUAUACGAGCUCUCCGACAGCGUAGACAGCCUCAACUCGCCUCCAUCCUUCCUUGACAUCCUUUUUCUCAACAACAUCCGACAUCUAUCGAUAAGGGACUGGUUUGACGCAAUAUUCCCCCUUCGCAAGAUCGUUGAGGCUCUUUCCACCGUCGAGGAGCUAUACCUACGCGAGCCUGUCUCCGUGCUCAUGUUGGCCCAAUUACACGACGACAUUUCCAGGCCUGAAAGCACUGAUGGCAACGCCACCAUGCCUGAAGCGCCCUGUUGUUUCCCCAGACUGAAGAAACUCACCUUUGAAAAGGCCGUCUUUGAAUGCGGCUCUGAACAGUCGUCAACACACAACUUCGACCGCCUCCAGUUCAGCCAUAUAAAGGAAGUGCUCAAAGUGCGAGAGGAACGGGGCUACGGGAUCCACACGGUUGAAUUUAACGAGUGUUGGGGUCUGUCGUCGGCGCAACUUGACGAGUUGGCGAGCUUUGUCGGGGACGGGCUUAUAAGUCCGGACGAGGAGCGGGAUCCCAGUGAGAUGAACGCCUCAGAGAAAAUGAUUCUUGUAUCUGUACAUAUCGUGUGGCUAUAA